ACCACACAAACAGGUGAGUCACCACAAAAGAUUUUUAUUUUUGCUGUUUCUUAUAUGAUUAUACUCAAAUCAAUAUCUGUCAAUCCACUGAACUAUACAUUCUGUUGAUAACAUCUAUAUCUGGUUGCAUGAUUAUUCGUCCUUGUAUUCUACAGCACUGUCGCAAAGAUUACGAGAGCCGGUCAGCUAAUUUAUUUCCAGACAGGAGGAACUGCCAGCAUGACAAUGGCUUCACUCUCAUCUAAUGAGCGUCCUUUGGUAAGGAUAUCGAAGGUUGCCGGAAGAUACUUGCUGUUCGACAUUGAAGACGUGAUGUAUAUACGCAGAAACUACAAUAUAUGCUCCGUCUUUGUAGGCACCAUCCCCCAGAACCCUCAACAGAAUCUAUUCAUGGGACUCCCACUAGAACUCAUGCCUGAAGAAGCUCAAGUUCUGGUCGAAAAGAAGAUAGCUUGCGUCAUUGAUGAUGCAACAUUCCACCUAACCCGACUGGCGGCUUUAGAUGAGCCGUCGCGACGGGCUUAUGUUCAGUCACUCAAGACCCAGGGUAAGCAGAUGCAGAUGGCCGUAAUCGAGAGUCAGAAUCGGAAUAAGCCCAACCAACAAGGGAAGUCCAAGAAAAAGAAGAAGAGCAAGACGGAUCUAGAGCAGGCAAAAGACAUGCCCAGCAAUGAUGAUAUCAAUGGUCCUAUCGAAGCAGAUGAGAGCAACAGUCUCUUUGACUCGACACCUACAAUAUCUAAACCAACUGACAAGGUGCCUGUUGAAGUUGAGGGCUAUUUCCUCACGCCUACUACCAGCAGCUUUCUUUUACCUCCCUCACAGCGUCCAGGACUAGACUCGUCGGCUGCCGUAGAUGUCCCCGCAUCCUAUCCCCUGUUUGCGCACUUGCACGAUAAAGGAUACUAUAUGAUGCCUGGCCUUCGCUUUGGUUGCGACUACAACGUAUACCCUGGCGACCCUCUGCGUUUCCACAGUCACUUCGCCGGGGUGCAUUUCGGAUGGGACGAGGAGAUCACGAUGAUGGAUUUGGUAGGAGGCGGACGACUUGGGACUUCGGUUAAGAAAGGGUAUCUCAUUGGCGGGGCUGUCGUUGAGGACCCAGAGGUCAAGGAGACUGAUACUGGUCAUAAUGAUUCGCGAGAUCAAGUAGAUCAUCAGCCUCAAUUGAAAGGUGGCCCUGUGGCGCCACCCGUCCGUACUUUUUGUCUGGAAUGGGCGGGCAUGUAGUCGAAACCUUCACAGUGUUAGGCAUAGAUAUAUAAUGCUAAUCAUUUGACUAAAA